CGCGCCAGGCCGCGUGGUCUCGGGUCCCCGCGCCGACCUCGGCCGGCGAGCGCCGCCGCCUCCCUUCCCCGCCCCCGGCCCUCCUCCUGGGCGGCGCUUGUCGCCAGCCUCCGCGCCAGUCGCUGACAGCUCCAGCCCUGCGAGCUUCUCCUCUCCCCAGAAGGCAGGAUUCCUGAAUAUACUUGAAAACUGAAUAAUUUCAGCCACGCCGAAGCAGUCUGUCUUCUCAGAGACAGAAAUCCAGCUCAGCUGAGCCACAACAGAUAUAAGUCAUCAUGGUGAAAAGCCACAUAGGCGGCUGGAUCCUGCUUCUCUUUGUGGCCACAUGGAGUGACGUGGGCCUCUGCAAGAAGCGGCCGAAGCCUGGAGGAUGGAACACAGGGGGUGGGAGCCGAUACCCAGGCCAGGGUAGCCCUGGAGGCAACCGCUACCCACCCCAGGGCGGUGGUGGCUGGGGUCAGCCCCAUGGUGGCGGCUGGGGUCAGCCUCACGGUGGCGGCUGGGGACAGCCCCACGGUGGUGGCUGGGGACAACCACACGGUGGUGGUGGUUGGGGUCAAGGUGGUGGCAGCCACGGUCAGUGGGGCAAGCCCAAUAAGCCCAAAACCAACAUGAAGCAUGUGGCAGGAGCCGCAGCAGCCGGGGCGGUAGUAGGGGGCCUUGGUGGCUACAUGCUAGGGAGUGCCAUGAGCAGGCCACUCAUUCAUUUUGGCAAUGACUAUGAAGACCGUUACUAUCGUGAGAACAUGUACCGCUACCCCGACCAAGUAUACUACCGGCCAGUGGAUCAGUACAGCAACCAGAACAACUUUGUGCGUGACUGCGUCAACAUCACUGUCAAGCAGCACACAGUGACCACCACCACCAAGGGGGAGAACUUCACAGAGACCGACAUGAAGAUCAUGGAGCGUGUGGUGGAGCAGAUGUGUGUCACCCAGUACCAGAAGGAGUCUGAGGCUUACUACCAAAGAGGGGCAAGCGCCAUCCUCUUCUCCCCGCCGCCCGUGAUCCUCCUCAUCUCGCUGCUCAUUCUCCUGAUAGUGGGAUGAGGAGGGCCUUCCCAUUCCCUGCACCAUCUUAAUCUUUUACAGGUUGGGGGAGGGGGUGUCUACCUACAGCCCUUUAGUGGUGGUGUCUCAUUCCCGCUUCUCUCUUUAGCACCCAUAGGCUAAUACCCUUGGCACUGAUGGUGCUGGGAAACAUAGAGCAGACCCAGGAUGCUAUUUAUUCAAGCCCCUCUGUGAUUAAAUCCUACAGGGGCCAGUAGUAGUGUUGGGCUGAGAAUAAUAGCAAAUAAUCAUUGGUUGGUCUAGGCUGAAUUUUUUUUUUUUUUUUUUUGUCUAGUGCACCAGAUUGGGGCUUAAACAAUUCUCAAAACAGUCUUCAAAACCUUUAUCUAAAAACCUCUGGCUCCUUCCCCAGCUAGAGCUCAGGAUGCUAAUGCCCCAUUAUAGCAGUAAUUUCAUAGCAACUUGGGGGAAUGCCUGUCUUCUGUUAAAAAACAAAAACAAAAACACCUGAUUGCAUUUUCCUGUUCAAAGAGCAUUUCUGCCAAAUUUGAAAGAAGGCCAUGUGCUACUCAUUCAAAAAACAAAACCAGAAAUCCUUCGCUCUUGGAUUCAGGCUCAGCCCGCCGGAGAGCAUGUGCCCUGCGUCUGCACAGAACUGGGAUGAUGUUUUGCAUUUUGCAGUGUGGGCUCCCAGCAGCCAUAGCAUCAAGUGUAAAUAUUUAUGCAACACUGGACCCCGGCAGAGGAUAUUUUCAUAGGGAAUGAAUGUAACCAACAGAAUGAUAAUGAUAAAAAAAAAAAAUAUUCCCACACUUGGGAGUGGUGCCCCUGGAGGCAAGCUCCCAUUUUGGACAUUUAAAGCACCUACAGGUGGCAUUCCUUUCUUUCACAACAUAAACUAUAGAUAAUUAAGGCAGUAAAAAAAAAAAAAAUUUGAACUGCCUUCUAGGCACUGAGAGCAAAUCUUUACUCAUUUACCUGCAAACCAGAAUGAUUCUGACCUAGAGUAAGGUGCAGCUGUUAAAAUAACCAUUAUCCUAGAGGAUUGCAUAACAGAGAAAAUGAUUAGUAGACAAAAAUGAUCUCACUUCUUCUUUGCUGUCUCAUAAUUGUCAAAAAUCAGAAUUAUGUUAAGUCCUAGUUUCUAUAAUCAGUUUUUGAAUCAAAAGAUGGAAGGCCAUCCACAAAAAUAUCUUAGGUCAGAGAUGACAGAAGUAUCCACUCAGAGUGGAAAAAAAGGAAUUCUGUUAAUUGUUAUUUAAGUAAGGUGAAAUUAUUGUCUAGAUCGUUCAAUAUCAUCACCUAGCAGAUAAAUUUAGCAUUCUGCAAUGUUCCUGGCUUGCACUGGGCAUUUGAUGUAAAAAAAAAAAAAGAGUUAUUAUAUAUAUACAUGUAUUGUGUAUGACAAACUUAGAAAUUUCGGUUAGAGGGGUUAACAUCUGAUACAUCUAAUGCACACCUGGUUUUGUAAGGUACUAAAUACUUAAUAUGUAGAAAACCCUUUGCGUGGUCCUCAGGCUUACAUGUUCAUUGAAUAGUUUUGUAUGAUAGAUCCAACAUGGUCUUCAAAAUAUGCAUGUACUUUAUAUUUUCUAUAUUUGUAACUUUGCAUGCACUUGUAUAAAAAAAAGUAUAAAUGUUCAAAAUCUUGAAUUAAACAGGAGCUAAGUGAACGUG